CCAAGUCGGGCUGACGGGCGGGCGCGGCAACAACGCGGAGCCGCGCUCCGGGAAGGCGCGUCACUGGGGCGGGGGCCGCCCAGCCUGCAACUGCCGGCUCUGAGUCCGGAUCCAGCUGCGCCGGCCCGUGAUGGACGAUCUGGGCUGGGAAAGCAGUCAUGUCGGUUGAUCCAAUCCCAACAUCAACCCUGCAAGGCGGGAGCGACAAGGAGCAUCUCUAUAGCACGGUCUGCAAGCCCCUCUCGCCCAAGGCGAAGGAAGCUGUCCCUCCGCCCUUCUCCUCCUCCAGCGGGGUGCUCGGAGCUGGGCUUUGCGAACUGGAUCGGCUUCUCCAAGAACUCAACGCAACCCAGUUCAACAUCACCGAUGAAAUAAUGUCCCAAUUCCCAUCCAGCAAAAGUCCUGCUACAGACAAGGACAAAGAGAGAUUGGAAGAUUCGACAGAUGGUACUUCUUUAUCCCGGUCAACAACGUCUCCAUCUGCCAAGCCAACGGCCACCUCAGCGACUCUGGAGCUGGACAAGCUCAUGGCUUCCCUGUCAGAUUUCCGCGUCCAGAGCAAUCUUCCAGGAGUCUCUGUCCCAACCACGACCGUCACCACAACCACCACGGUUCCUCCAGCACCUGCUCCUGCCCAAGUGCCCUCAGCUCAGCAGCCUGUGGUGUCAUCUGUCUGCCCGGGGCCCACGGCUCUGUCCCCCCAGAUGUCCCCAGGCCAGCCCAGCGGGAACCUGGAUAGCAUGCUCGUGAUGCUGGAGUCGGAUCUCAGCCGCCAAGGCAUUUCCACCACAGCCAAGGGGCUGUGUGCUUCCUGUCAAAAACCCAUUGCCGGGCAGGUGGUAACCGCCUUGGGGAGCACCUGGCACCCGGAGCACUUUGUCUGCACUUACUGCCAGAAGGAGAUGGGGGGCAGCAACUUUUUUGAGAAGGAUGGCGCCCCCUACUGCGAGAGAGAUUACUUUCAGCUCUUCUCUCCCCGCUGUGGGUUCUGCAACGAACCCAUUCUGGAUAAAAUGGUGACUGCGCUGGACAAGAAUUGGCACCCAGAGCACUUCUGCUGUGUUAAGUGUAGGCGUCCCUUUGGAGAGGAAGGCUUUCAUGAGAAAGACGGGAAGCAGUACUGUCGCCAGGACUUUUAUGAGCUCUUCUCCACUCGCUGUCAAGGAUGCAGCCAGGCCAUCUUGGAGAACUACAUCUCGGCUCUCAACGCCUUGUGGCACCCAGAAUGUUUUGUUUGCAGGGAAUGCUACACCCCUUUCAUGAACGGCAGCUUCUUCGAGCACGGGGGGCGGCCCUUCUGUGAAAUCCAUUACCACAAGCAACGUGGCUCGCUCUGUUCUGGCUGCGAGAAACCCAUCACUGGCCGUUGCAUCACCGCCAUGGGCCGGAAGUUCCACCCGGAGCAUUUUGUCUGUGCCUUCUGCCUCAAGCAGCUCAACAAAGGCACCUUCAAGGAGCAGAACGAGAAGCCCUAUUGCCACCCUUGCUUUAUCAAGCUCUUCGGGUGACUGGGAGGGCCCUGGCCUUGCUGGGGUCAGGCCACGCCUCCUGAUGGCGUGGGAAAGGGGGGGGCAUCGUCGGCUUUUGAACGAGCCGCACCCACUGCCACGCAUGAGGGGGGGGAAAUACCUGUGCCUUAAGGGGCUCAACCUGGGAGCCCAUCCACCAUUGCCAAAAACCACGCCUGUAGAUCAGAGCUACUCGCAAGCAAGCAACAAAGGAAGCAAGUCGGAUCUGCUCCUCCUGCUCUUCUCAGGAGCCAGCCCAGCGUUAUCUCCCACCCCAUCCCAGGCCACUUUUAAGCCCCCAUUCCCUACUCCAGCACCAGCACUUCUGACAGGAGGCCCUGCCUUAAGCCACAUCUCCAAGAUCAGCUGGUGAAGUCCUCAGGAGACCAGGAUGUGAUGGAACCACAUCUCUGGUGUUUUUACCCCUAGGUCCAGGUUUAUGGGUUGGAGGCCUGGGGGUUGAGAGCUCUGCCCUACAGCUCUUCUAAACCAUAAAGCUAUCUUGGUGGGAGCCAGCCUAAUCACAUCCAAAAUUCUUUGGAACAUCUGGAUAUUUUUAUCCUGGUAUUUAAUUUGUGGAGAGCAGUGACUCCAUCCAGAUCUGUCUCAAAGACCUCUUGAUCUCAACCCCCAAAUUAAUUCCAUUGUAACCAAAGAUCAACAGUAACUCCUUAGCCGACCUCUAUUUUUAUCGUGUAUGGAUACAGAACUGCGACCAUCCAAACAACUCCCAGAAGCGCCUGCCAACAGAAAGAGAUGCUAAGAAGAUGCUCAGGAAUGUCUGGAGUUUUCCAACUUAGUUUAUGGACUUUGAUGCAUUGAGUGACUCCUUUGUGAGUUGGGAUAGGAGAGGAGAGGGGUGUCGAUAUUUCCAAGGAAGUUGGUGGCACAAGAGCCUUUGUCAACAGUGGGGAGACUGACAAAACAUACAUGGUUGUGUGAUGCUGCAGUUUAUGCAUUUGCGUCAGAUAACCAGGAUGCAAGUUGUGCAUUGGCCCUGCUGUAGGUUAUUUUUGUCUCCUUGUGGCCUGAUGUGGAGCUCUGUGGUUUAUGGCCUGUUGGACUUCCUUGAAGGAACUUUUGAUAAGGGACCAGCUAAUACAGGGGAAAAAAGGAUACAACAUCUUCUAUUCACCCCUCCCCCGCACUUGCGUCUUCAGUUUUUUUUCCCCCUUGAAAAAAAUGCCACAAAUGAUGACAGUCCUUCUUUU